CCAAUUACAAAUUAUGUUUAAGCCCCUGAAAUGAAACCUUAAAAGUGAAGUUGAAAACGUUAAAAGUAUGCAAUAAUAAUUAAGAUACUUGUAGAAAUGGCUGAGAGCAGAAAUUUACUUCGGGUUCUAAUUAAUUGUGCAGAAAAAGCGGCAAAUAUUGCACGCGUUUGUCGCUCGAAUGAAGAUCUAUUAGCGCUGCUCGUCCAGGAGAAAACUGGAGCCGAGGCGAAUCAACGGUUCGAACAUGAUUUUAAGACACUGGCCGAUGUCUUAAUCCAGGAAACUAUAAGGCAUGAAGUAGGCCACUUGUUUCCAGAGAUGCGUGAAGCUAUUCUCGGCGAAGAAUCCACACAUUUUACCAACAAACUCGGCCAGAAAAUAACUAUAGCCGUUGGCGACACAGAAGUGGAAACUGCUAAAGGAUUGGAAGCGGUACUUGAUGGCCAUAGGAAUGCGGCAGAUGCAUUGGCAGCCGAAGUGCAUAGGAACGUCAAAUACGAUACAACUCUUGAAGAUAUUCCGGAUCUACCACAAACACUGGACUAUAGUAAUCUGGGCAUUUGGAUAGAUCCUAUUGAUGCCACUGCUGAGUACAUUUCUGGCGACUCCAUAUUUACCGACUUUCCUGGCAUCACUUCCACAGGCCUGGACUGUGUUACCGUAUUGAUUGGCGUCUAUGAACACGACAGCGGAGUGCCUGUAAUCGGCAUAGUCUCUCAACCAUUUGGCCAUAAGUUGGAGGAGCGCGUAUAUAGUUCUUCCUUAAAUUGGGGAGUCUGUUUGCCAUCUGUGAAGGCCCAUAACUGCAAUUCAGACACAGACGGACGUCGUGCUAAUAGAAAAAUUGGAAUAUUCUCUACUUCGGAGCAGUCCGAAAUACUUCAACAUUUUCUCGAUUUAAACUAUGAAUUGGCCUUUUCAGCGGGAGCUGGCCACAAAGCGUUAAAAGUUAUCUCCAAUGAUGCGGACAUCUAUUUACUCAGUAAAGGUUCAACAUUUCGUUGGGAUACCUGUGGUCCGCAAGCGAUUCUGCGCGCCCUUGGAGGGGAUGUGUUCGACUAUGUCGCUAGCAUAAAACAACAGCUUCCCGUACCUAUAAAGUAUUUCGACAAGUCAGAAUCCGACUCCGAUUGGAAACGCAACUCCAAUGGGUUAAUAGCCGUAAGAGAUAUCACGAUCUUAAAUGAAAUCUUUAACAAAUUUUCUGAGAACUGAGUGUUGUUAUUAUUGUUAUCUCCUUUGAUAUUGUUGUUGUAACUGAGAUGUUCAUAUUUGUACCUAAUAAAGUGAAAACCGAAUCUGUUCCACCUAUCUCAAUGGCAUAGUUGGGCAAUUUAUACUUUUUGACACGUAAAUAGUCA